AUGAGAAUUAGAAGAUCAAAGCAUAAAAGUUCAUUGUUAUCAUUAAAAAUUAAUAUAGAUAGAGCUGCUAAUUUAGUAUCAAAUGAACAGCUUACUAAAACUUCAAUUAAUCCAAUUUGUCAAGUACAUUUUAAUAAUAAGAAAUAUUCAACAAGUAAAAAAUUAAAUACUAACCAACCAUCAUGGGAUGAUUCAAUAACAAUACCAUUAAAGAAAAGUAAUAGUUCAAGUAUUUUAAUAUUGAGUGUUUGGGAUAAACAUAAACGAUAUAAAACUUACCUUGGUGAAUUAAGAUUAUCAAUACAAAAUUUAUUCCUUGAUGGUUCUAAAUUUUCGCCAAUGGUUGAAUUAAAGUGGUAUAAAUUAUCUUCCAAUGCUAGUAUUCAUUCGUUUACUACUGGUUCAAUUUUAUGUUCAUUUGAAUUAAUUAGAAAAACUGAUGAUUUACAAUCACUGUUUAAAGAAUGGAUUAAUGAGAUUAUAAUCGAUGAAACUUUGAUUAUACCCAAUGAUCAAGGGUUUUACAAUGAUGCUUUGAUAGACGAUACAAGUACAGAUGUAGAAUCAAAUAUAGAGGAUGUUACAUCAAUUUCGGAAAGUUCGAUAAUGUCAUCAGAUGAAAAUAUAUUUAAUACAUCACCUAAAAAGUCUAAAUUUCGAAAACUGAAGAAAUUAAAAGGUUUCAAUGGGUUUGAAUUAUCUAGCAGAAGUGUGAUGGGUGUUUUAUUCAUUGAAAUUUUGUCAUGUGAAGAUCUUCCACCAUUGACUAAUUUUACAAGAACUACAUUUGACAUGGAUCCAUUUGUAGUAGUUACGUUUGGAAAAAAAACUUUUAGAACUUCAUGGAAAAGACAUACUUUAAAUCCUAUAUUCAAUGAAAGAUUAGCAUUUGAAGUUCUAAAUAAUGAAUCAAAUUAUAAUAUUCAAUUCAAUAUCCUUGAUAAAGAUCAUUUUUCAUUUCAUGAUAAAGUUGCACUGAUUUCAUUACCAGUUAAAGAUUUAACAAACAAUGCUACUGUUAUUGACGAUUCUGAAGAAGAAGGUUUUACAACUGGUGAUAAUGAAAAUAAAUCUGUGAAAAUUCUAGAAGAUGAUAAUUUACAUUCAAUAGAAAGGAAAAGAAGGUUGAAGAGGAAGAAAGUGAUAAGUUCAUAUGUUGAUACAUCUAAGUUCAAGGUUUUACUACUAUCAUUAGUAGUUAAAAAUGAAAAAUAUCAAGAGCAUAAUUCAACUUUAAAAAUUAGAGUCAGAUUCGAGACAUAUUUCGAAUUACGAAAAAAAUUUUGGAAAUAUUUGUUAGAUCAAUAUAAAUUAGAAGAUACAGAUGAUUUUGAUUAUUUUGAAUUGAUUAGUUUAUUAGAUACAUUAGGAUGUUUAAAUUCAGAUGAAUUGAUAGAAACUUUCUUUAGCAAUUUAGGUAAGUCAUCCUGGGGUGGUGAUAAAUUAACAACAAAUGAAACUAUUCAACAAUUGGAACAACAUAUAAUAUCAAAUCAAAAUCCUAAUGAUAAAAUAUUUGAAAUAGAAAGAUGUCCAAUUUGUGACCAACAAAGAUUCAAUAAAAAACAAGAUUUAGAUAUUAUCACUCAUUUUGCAAUUUGUGCAUCUAAGGAUUGGUCGAUUGUAAAUAAAUUAUUGGUUAAUUCAUAUGUAUCACCUACCCAAGCUACAAAAAAAUGGUUUUCAAAAGCAUUAAUCAAAUUAACAUAUGGCAAAUAUAAACUUGGUGGAAAUUCAGCGAAUAUACUAGUUCAGGAUAGAUUAACGGGAAUUAUAUUAGAAGAGAAAAUGUCAGUAUAUGUCAGACUUGGAAUACGACUUCUCUAUAAAGGUUUAGAUAAAGCAAAAAGUAAACCAAUUCGUAUACUACUCAAAAAACUUUCAGUUAAACAAGGUAAAAAGUUUGAUUCACCAAAUUCCAAAAAUGAUAUUGCAAGUUUUAUUAAAUUUCAUAAACUAGAUUUAUCAGAUUGUUUAAUUACUGAUCCUACUCAAUUUGAAACUUUUAAUACUUUUUUUUUUAGAAAGUUGAAAAAAGGUGCAAGACCAAUUGAAGGAAAUGAAGAUAUCAUAGUUUCACCUGCAGAUUGUAGAUGUGCAGCAUUUGAAACAGUUAAUGAUGCUACGAAUUUAUGGAUAAAAGGUAGAAAUUUCACAUUACCCAAGUUGUUUAAUUCAAAUCAAUUUGAAAAUACAAAUUUAGCAAAAUCUUCAGAAUGUAGUUUAGGAGUUUUUAGAUUAGCUCCUCAAGAUUAUCAUAGAUUUCAUUCACCAGUGACUGGUAUAAUAAAAGAUAUCAAGCAUAUUGAUGGUGAAUAUUACACUGUUAAUCCAAUGGCUAUAAGAUCGGAAUUGGAUGUGUUUGGAGAAAAUGUAAGAAGUAUAAUUCCAAUAAAAACUGAACAAUUCGGAACAGUAAUUAUGAUUGCCAUAGGUGCAAUGAUGGUUGGUUCAAUUGUAUUAUCUGUAAAACCAGGCGAUCCAAUUUCAAGAGGAGAUGAAGUUGGUUAUUUCAAAUUUGGGGGAUCUACCAUCAUACUUCUUAUUGAAAAACAAUAUUUUCAAUUUGAUUCUGAUCUUAUUAAUAAUUCAUCACAAUGUAUUGAAACUUUAUGUAGAGUUGGUCAAUCAAUAGGUCAUAAUAAAAAGAUUAAUGAAAUUUCAAGAGAUCAUGUUGAUUUUGAUAAAUUGGAUAAACUGAAAAAGAUAAAUUUGAUUAGAGUUUUAACUGGUGGUGAUAUAAAUGAUGUUGAUAAAUUAUCAAAUUGGGAAGCAACAAAUCUAAUAAAUGAUUUAAGCUUAGAAGAUAAUUAUGAUUUAGAUUCAGAGGAAAGUAUAGAAUAA